UUGAAAAAAAUAUUAUCCAAACAUGAUCAAUCCAGCUGAUUACGUUUCGGAAAUGUCAAUGUGUUGUUAUUGUCACAUUGGCAACUAACACAGUGAUAAAUAAACCAUGUUUUUACUGAUACGUCAUUAAAAUAAAUUUAUAUAUUCAUAACAUAGCAUUAUAUUAUUCAAAAAUUAAUUUCUAAGGAUGUCUCUCCACUGGAGCUCAGAAAUUAUGAAAUGGGAGUAUCGCGACUUGCAAGCGACGGCUAUGUCCGUAGAUUUUUCAGGCAACAACGUUCUAUUAGCGGGACGACGGUGGCUAGCAAUUAAGCAGAUCACUCAGGACGAGGACUCGGGUGAUAUCGUAAAGAAAUACCCUCGACACAGCAAGUACGACGCGGCCGGCGCCGAGUGGUGUCAACUGUACCAUGGCCAGAAACUGUGCGCAAUCGCGAGCAAUCAAAGAGUGGAUGUGUAUGAGUGGCGGAGUGGCAAUGACUUGACGUGCAUCUGUUCUCUACGUGGACACACCAGAGUGGUCAGUGACACCCACUUCCAUAGACAAGAUCACAACCUCAUUGCCACCUGUUCCAUUGACACAUUUACUCAUUUGUGGGAUUUGAGGGAUGCAAGAAAACCUGUAGUCUCUUUGUGUGCUGUUGCUGGUGCUUCACAAGUACAGUGGAAUAAAGUAGCCACCCAUAUAGUAGCCACUGCUCAUGAUGGUGACAUAAAAAUCUGGGACUACCGCAAGCAUUCUGCACCUAUUCACUACAUUUCUGCACAUCUGUGCAAAAUCCAUGGAGUGGACUGGAGUCCCCACCAUGAAUACCAAUUGGUUACUUCAAGCCAUGAUGGCAGCAUCAAAUACUUUGACAUAAAUAAUGCUAGAAGACCUGAGAAUGUAAUUAUGACCAACUUCCCUGUUUGGCGCGCCAUAUACACGCCAUUCGGAAGUGGAUUACUAACUAUAGGAGUAGGUUGGGGAGGGAUGCCUAGAGUGGAACAAGCAGGAGUAAUUGGUAUCUGGGUAGGAGGGGCACUAACUCACAGGCUCGUGGGCCACACUGACACAGUUCAGACCAUGGUUUGGAGACCAAACACCUCACCAUCCAACUAUCAACUUGUGACUUGGGCAAGGGAUCAGUCUCUGAGAGUUUGGUCUAUGCAUCCAUCAUUGUUAAAGAUGUGCAAUCAUUAUCUGCCAGAUGACGGUGAACAUGAUGAAGACAAUAACAGUGACAAUGUAAGUUAUGCAUCUACAGCGGGCUCCACAAAUGAUAUCUCUACAGGAGAUAACAAAGGUCAAGAUAUUUUAUUGAAUAAGCUCCCGCAUAAAACAAACACGUCGAUAGAUGAAGAGUUUGAGUCAAUUCGUGAGAUGGCCAACAUUGAGGUCACGGACAUGAACAUCGAGACGCGAACAUGCCAGAUUCACUCGGAACGUAAUGGUUACGUCGCCAACCUACAAGUGACGUUUCCCAGAAAUGUCACUGAACAAACUAUACCAAAGUUCUCUUGGCUGUCGGGAACAAAUGUCGACAGUCCCACUACUAUUAAGAUUUUACAGUCUAUCAAUAGAACUGCUCACCGCAAGAAGAAGGAAGGGCACAGAUGUCUUUUGCACUGCUUGAAAACAUUAGCUACGUCUAUUGACGAGAUACCAGUGAAAUCGAGUGACGAUACCGACUCAAUGAAAUCGAGUCAACGGAGUCAAUCGGAAAGCGAGAACGCUGGUGACUCGUGUAUACCAUUCCCUAGAACUUGUGGGGCCAAAUGGUGUGGAGUUAGCACAUUGGUUGUGUUCAACCGGCCGCCGAACGCGAGGCGACUGUCGUUAAAACACGAGACGGGUACGCCUCGGUCGAUGUCGUCGCUGUCGUUAACUCCGGGACUGUUUGGCACGACCGGGUACAGUUCUGUAUCGCCCCACGCGACCACGACGCCGUCUCCGACGAACGCGUCAGGUUUUCCGCAGCUGCAUCACCGACAUCCGUCCAAUUCUAUUACGACUUUCUAUUUUCAGGAUAGAUGGAAAGCGCAAGGUCGCCGCGCAGGCAGUAUGCGCAGCCGCGGCAGUAUAUCGGGGUGCGUGGCGCCGCGCGUCGUCAUGUACGCCGCCCCUAACUUGUUCCCGCUCAGCCGCACCCUCGCUGAGAAGUAUCUUAUAAACGCUGACGAUCCUGUCGAAAUGUGCGAGACGAACGCAAAAGCGGCUUGCGAUGAAGGCGAGCCGGACCUGGCGCACGCGUGGGAGCUGGCGGCGCUGUCCGCGCGGUCGCUCCGCGCGCGGGUCGUCGACCACCUCGCCUCCAGCGAGGAGAGCAUGGGCUGGGUUGGACAUCCGCUCUGCUGUAAUCUGCUGCAGUCAUUAAUAUCACAUUAUGCCAAAGCGUCUAACAUCCAAAUGGCAGCAAUGUUAGCGUGUGCCUUUUCAGUGUUCAACGACACAAGUAAUUCUAGUUCACAAUCCACGAUCAGCACCUCUAGUUAUGGUAACGGCACAUCCCCAUACAGUACUGUAAACCAAUACAGUGAGAUCAGCGCGGACGGUUGGACCCUACCUAUCGUCCUCCGCAGCAACUCGUGUUCAGAGGCAGAGAACUUUUAUACGGACUCCACCGUGUCCAAGUCUGAGCGAGUGUCCUCGUGUGUGCUGGACGAAGCCACUGUGCAUCUGUAUCACUGCUUCAAAAGAGUUUACGCAGACAUCUUGCAUAGGUGGCAGUUGAUAUACAAGAAGACUGAGGUGUUGAAGCUGGUAGUGGGUGCAGUGGAAUCAGUGCGUGAUAGCGUGCGGUGCGGGUGCGUGGCCCGGCCCGCAUGCGGGCAGUGCGCGCGCGUGGCGCUGCGCUGCGCCGUGUGCGCGCGGCCCGUGCGGGGGCUGGCCGCCGCCUGCCACUACUGCGCACACGCCGGCCACGCGCUGCACAUGCUGCACUGGUUCUCCCAACACGAUACGUGUCCAACGGGCUGCGGGUGUAAGUGCGUCAUGGAAGGGAACUCCGUGUGGAAGGGAGUCAAGUACGUGUGACCGAUGAACAACGUAUGUAAUUUAUAAUAUUUCAACGUAAUGUAAAUAGCUCAUUCUAAAUAAUUAUUAUUACUAUAUUAUAUUGGGACUUUCAUGUGAAAACAUAUACUGACUUUUUGAUACUGUUUAUGUAUUAUUGUGGAUUUCAAAGAAUGUAGUGGUAAUAUCAUGCUUUCGAGUGCAACAAAUGACUAGCGGUUUCUAGAAACACGGAAUGCAAUGGUUCUAAUUUCCAAACCAAAGUCAAAUAUGUAAUCGAUCACUGACUAUCAAAUGUAAAAAUCGUUAAAAUAUUGAAUCGUAAUAUAAUGUAAGCGGCAUUUGUAAAAAAUAUUAUAAGUAUAAUUAAUGUAAUGAAGACUGGCAAUUUUAUACAAUUCACUAUUAUAUAAUAAAUAAGUACACAAUUUUUA